AUGCGCGACCGUGCGGAUGCGGACGGAGUAGAUCUUCUGCUCGUUGACACAGGAGACCGUGUUGAAGGGAACGGCCUCUAUGACGCAUCUGAACCGAAGGGAAAUUACACGUUUGACAUCUUCAAACAUCAACAUAUUGACGUCAUCUGCUCCGGCAACCACGAACUGUACAAGCAGAACUCAUCCGAAAAUGAAUUCUACUACACCGUUCCUAACUUCAACGGUAGCUAUCUUGCAUCCAAUCUGGACAUAUAUAAUCCGGAGACCGGAGAACUUCAGCCGCUUGCCCCAAGAUUCAAGAAGUUUACUACCAAGAAUCAAGGCAUCCGGGUCCUGUCCUUCGGCUUCCUCUUCAACUUUGCUGGAAAUGCCAACAACACGGUCGUCAAGUCUGUCGAAGACACGGUCAAAGAGAAGUGGUUUCAGGAUGCCAUCCGUGACAAGGACAUAGAUCUCAUUCUUGUCAUCGGUCACGUGGCUCUCCGGACGCCAGAGUACGAGCAUAUCUUCAAGACGGUCCGAUCCGUGCGGUGGGACAUGCCGAUCCAGUUCUUUGGUGGCCAUGCUCAUGUGCGGGACUUCAAAACGUUUGAUGCCAAGUCUGUCGCCAUUGCCAGCGGACGGUACAUGGAGACCAUCGGCUUUCUUUCGAUUGACGGGCUAAGCACCAAGAAAUCCGAGACUCAGACAGCGGGACUCACUUUCGCACGUCGAUAUAUUGACAACAACCUCUUCUCGCUCCACCACCACAGUGGCAAGAACGAGCGCACGUUCUCAACGCACGAAGGAAAGGAUGUCACGAAGAUGAUCACCAAGGCCCGAAAGGAAUUGAGACUCGACGAUAAACACGGCUGCGCGCCGCAGAAUCUCUGGGUCAAUCGUGCUCCAUUCCCCGCGAACGAUAGCAUUUUCACAUGGCUGCAAGAGCACGUUCUCCCGACACAGCUAAGCAACACUUCCCGGAUUGCCAAUGACAAGAAGGCGCUCAUCAUCACCAACACUGGAGCGAUGCGGUUUGACAUUUUCAAGGGCCCUUUCACGAGAGAUAGCACUUUUCUCGUGUCACCGUUCACCAGCGGCUUCCACUACAUCAAGGACGUGCCGUACGCUGAAGCGCAGAAGGUCCUGCAACUCCUGAACGACGAAGGACGGGUGGUUCAGGCGUUUUCCGAGGGCCCUUUGGAUCCAGCAGUGCUUGCGCCGCCUGAGCAGCAGAGCGGCCGCUUGAGCCUUGGUUCAAGUCGAGCCUUCAGGUCCGAGAUUGCUGAGCAUAGCCGGGUGCAAGCACCCCUCACGCCAAAUGAUAAGCCGUCCGACCUCAUCCCGGGCUAUACCACGAUUGACGAUGCGGGGGAAGACGGAGACGAUACAGUGCACUCGGCGAUCAAGUUCUUCGAGGUCCCGAAUUGCAUCCAAGCAGAACUUGGCUUCAACUCGACAGACCCGAAGGAGAAGAGACCGGAAGAGGUUGACCUUGUAUUCAACGAGUUCCUGCAGCCGUGGAUCCUGGUCGCUCUGAGGUACCUUGGGCAGGAGUACAAUGUAUCUGACACGCACCCAUACAUGGAAGGUAGGAGCUUCACGAGCAUCAUCACGGACUGGGUCGGUGCUCACUGGGAGUGCUGA